AUGGCAACUGAUUAUACUAAAGAUUUUAUUGAAAUGGUAGAAGUUUCGAAAACUAUGCUUCCAUUAAUGCGUGAUAUGGAUGAACGAGCUAUUUGCGAAAAAUGGAUAUCAAGAGCUAAAUCUUUGCAAAGCAGAGAUGUGAACGUGUUGAAACAUCGAAAUAAUUUUAUGAAGUAUUUCCUAGGACUUAUUAAACAAUCGAUUGCUGAAUCGGGUCAGACACCAUCUUGUUGUAAGUGGGGCAAACAAGAACCAAGUGUUUAUGAUAAACCUGCACCAUUGCCUAAACCAUUACCAUAUCAAUGUCAUUGGACGCCAGAUAAACGAACUUAUGUUGCAAUUCAACCUUUACCAAAUCGUGGUGCUAUGGUAUAUAUGGCUGUAGCUGAGAAACCAGAACUUGGUUGGGAAUUUCCAAGUGAUAAACUAUGA